CACUACCACAGCAGCAUCGAAAACAGCUGAAAAGCAAAAGACUGCAGACGAUGAUGGGGAAGAAAGCUCCGAUUCAGAAGACGACGAGUCAGACUCUGGUGAGGCUGCUGAGGCCGAAUCCAAAGUCAGCAGUGCAAAAUCUGAGCCGCCAAAACGCAAAGAAGUAUCGUCGCCUACACAGAAGAUCAUUAACACUAGUGACGAAGGAAGUAGUGGGGAAAGUGAAGGCGAAGAGGAUGUAAAUAAAGAGGAGAUUUCUGCCACUGAAAAGUCAGACAGCGACAACAAGCAAGAAGAAGGUAAGAAAAAGGAGGAUGCAAUCAAAGAAACUGACAACAAAGAAAACGCGGAGUCUGAAAACGAAAGCAGCGGGGAAAGUGAAGAAAGUGGGGACAGCGAAAGUGAAAGUGAAAGUGAAGGUGAAGGUGACUCUGAUGAAAAUGAAAAGAAAGCACAUGUUCCAGCCGCCCAAGGCUCGAUAGUUAUUGAACAGCUUUACGAGGAGAAAACUGAGAAAGAAGGUAUAGCAGAACCUAAGCAGGAGAAAACGAAACCACAACAGAAAGCCAACAAAACAGGAGUGGUGAAAAACCAACCAGGUCCAAGACAAGGGCGAAUGGAAUCGGUUACCAACUAUUUUAGAGACCCCAAAAAGAAGACAAAAUCAGACAUUAAAGGAAACAACUUGGGGGCGAAGAAAACUCCCUUGGUAAAUACCAACAGAAGCAACGUCCUGUCUCUCAUCAAAAAGAAACCGCCUCACCGCAAAACAGACAAAACAUCCGUGAAGCCAGCUGAAGAAGGAGAGGCAGAAGAACAACAGAAGAAAGAAGCACAGCCUCCAGUUGUGGAAGAACCCCCUAUUGUUGACCCUAUAUUUUCCGCUAAUAAAUACAGGAAAAAGCAAUACGCCAAGAGUUUUGUUUAUGAGCUUGGACCCAAAUAUAAUGGUCCUUUUAUCACUCCACUGCCCACCUUAUUCCAACAGGCGGGCAUGGAUAAUGCCAGGGAGCCCACUCCUGUAGACAGUGAGAUGGAUAAUAUAAACGAGGUCCAAGAAGCUAACAGUGAUGUGGCCGAGAUCAAGGAUACAGCUGGCGAUGCACUCGAUAACAGCGGUCAAGGAAAUCAGCCAGAGAAUAAAGGAAAUGAAUCGGAUCCAAAAGAGCAAAAGGAAGAGGACAAAACCGAGGUUAAAACCGACACGAAGGAAGCAGAAAGUGAAAGCGAAAGUGACAGCGAAAGCGAAAGUGAUAGCGAGGAUGAGGAGCCUGUAACAGCUAGAGAGGUCACCACUGAGAAACCAAAAAGUGAAAAAGAUGACAGUGACAGUGGAAGUGAAACUGAAAGUGAAAGUGAAGAUGAGGACGACUCAACAGAAGACAAAGCAAAGACGGAAAAGGAAAAGGCAGACGCCGAAAGCGCCGAACCAACAAAGGAUGAACAGAAGAACGAUGAGAAGACAACAGAACCGGGAAAGCCACCGGACGGAGACCAACCAGGGGAUGGGGACAAACAAGGAACAUUCGUUGUUCCCCCAAAAGAGGACACGCCUACAGAGGCCAAACCCCCAGAAGAGGGCGAAAAAACUGGUGAUGACGCCAAAGCCACCAAAGCUGAAGAUGACGCCACAGCCACCAAAAAUGGUGAUGACGUCACAACCACCAAAACUGCUGAUGACGCUACAGCCACUAAAGCUGGUGAUGACGUCACGGCCACCGCCUCUUCUGAUCAACAGCCAGCCGAUGGUGCCAAGGAAGGGAACGAAACUAAGACUGAAGAAGCCUCGGCAAAAGCCGACGAUGACGAGAGCGGCAGUGACUCGGGGUCUGAUGACGAUAGUGGGAGUGACACGGAGACAGAGGAGACGGUCAAAAAAUCUGGCCCCGAGGGUGCACCGGACACGGUGAAAGCCGCCCCUAAGGCCGCUGCCAAUGACGAAGAAGACAGCGGCUCCGAAUCCGACACAGAAACGGACAGUGGCGAGGGUUCGGACACAGAGAC